CGUUCAAUUUGAUUGCAAGUGGAAAGUGGGCAAGAGUUAUUUCCGCAUUAGAAUCGACCGUACAGGAGAGUAAUUACCAGUGAGAUGAAGACCCUGUUCCUUCUUUGUGCUUUGUUCACCGUCGCGAGCCUUCGGACCUACACCAAAUGUGAGCUAGCCCGUGUCUUUCAAAGUUACGGGUUGGAAGGACACAACGACAAUAUCUUUGCCCUUGUUUCAGGGGUAUGCUUGGUGCAAUACGAAAGCAGCUUCAGUACCAAUGCUGAGGGACAGAACUGGAGAAAUGGCAGAGUUGUUUCCACAGAUUACGGACUGUUCCAGAUCAACAGUCGCUGGUGGUGUGACGAUGGAAAGACGGAAAAUUCACUAAAUGCUUGUGAACAACACUGCACACAGUUUGUCGACAAUAACAUUGCAGAUGAUAUCACAUGUGCAAAGAGGGUGGUAAAGGAUCCACAAGGAAUGAAUGCCUGGUACGGCUGGAAUAAACAUUGCAAGGAAAAUGUUGACAAUUAUCUGCAGGAGUGCAACCUCUAGACAACAACUGGCCUGUGGGGUUGUGACCACUUUCUGGAAACAACUCCUGACUAACACUAGUUACUCCGCAUUUCUGAAAUCUCAACAAAUAAGCAACAAAUUAAUUGAUUUCCCAGAGAUGUUUAUUGGUGUUGUUGUGUCAUCAUUUUCUCUGCAUUUGCCUGGUGUGGGUUAGAGUUUAGUUUCUUGUCACGUGUGCCAAGGUACAGUGAAAAGCUUUUUGUUGUGUGCUAACUAGUCAGCGGAUAGACAACACACGAUUACAAUCGAGCCGU